CUCACAUGUAGGCCGACUGGUCUCCACGAGGCGGUGGCGGCGCAUUGUUGCCAGACGGAGGUGCUGAGCCUGCCUCGAACUCGAACUGGUAGCUGCCGCCACGAACAGGCUGAAAAUAAAAGAAGAUUGUUGAUUAGAUAUAAUUAGAAAAAAAAAAGAUUGUUAAAAUAGAAAUAUUAAAACGUACCGCUCCACCACCACCACCAUAGCCACCACCACCACCGGACUUCUUGGGCAUGGUCCCUGGCGAAGGCAUGUAGGCGCUCUGAUCUCCCAUGACGAUUGUUGAACUUGAGCUGGUUGAGAAGAGAUGUAGUUGACUGUAGUUGUGCUGACGAACUGUUGGGAAAUGAGUGAAAGGUUGCGUUUUUAUAGUAAAUUAGUGUUCACACACGUGGUAUCCAAGUAUAAAAACAAAUCUUUCACUCAGUCCGCAUCAACUUCGUCGCAACAGAUCGUCAAUUACAACUCUUCUCAGCCAGCUCAACAAUCGUCAUGGGAGAUCAGAGCGCCUACAUGCCUUCGCCAGGGUCUAUGCCCAAGAAGCCUUCCGGCGGCUAUGGUGGUGGUGGUGGAGCGCCUGUUCGUGGCGGCAGCUACCAGUUCGAGUUCGAGGCAGGCUCAGCACCUCCGUCUGGCAACAAUGCGCCGCCACCGCCUCGUGGAGAUCAGUCGGCCUACAUGUGA